AUGGCGACGGUAGGCUCUAUUCAGGAAUUUGACACUUCAAAUCCAAAUUCAUUCGAGUUAUAUGCUGUUCAAAUUACUUACUUUUUGGAGGCUAAUUCUAUCGUAGAUGGUAGUAAAAAGCGUGCGACUCUUUUAGCUGUUUGUGGAAUUAAAACUUUGUCUAUAAUUCGGACUUUAGUUUCGCCAAAGGAAGUUACAGAAUUUAAAUUUCAAGAAUUAAUUAAACUUUUAAAAGAACAUUUUUGUCCUAAAUCUUCAGAAAUAUUUCGACGUUUCAAGUUUCAUAAAAGAUUUCAAUCAAAGUUAGAAUCUGUGAAUGCUUUCGUUACUGAGUUAAGAAAGCUGGCGGAAGAUUGUAAUUUCGGAGAAACUUUGUCAGAACGUUUACGAGAUCAAUUAGUCUGCGGUAUUCGUGAUGAAGAGGUUCAAAGAAGAUUGUUGGCUGAAUCCAAAUUAACUCUUGAAAAUGCCAUUUCUGUUGCUGUAGCAUCUGAGGUUGCGGCUUCCCUAUCAAAGCAUAUUCAUACCCAAAAUUCUUCUUAUUCUGAGAAUUCGGAUGUAGUUGACUAUCAUGAACGUUCAAUGUGUAAAUUCAAAAAUGCAAUAUGCCAUUCUUGUGGUCUUAAGGGUCACAUUGUAAAAGUUUGUCGGAAGAAAAAUAAAUUUGAAAAACAGCGUGGAAAUGAAAUUGAAGUUCAACCGAAAUAUUUGAAUGUUUUAAGUUCUCAAUCUCCGUUUAAGAAAAACGUUAUUGUUGAGGUUGAUAAGGAAAAAUUAGAAAUGGAAAUUGAUUCGGGUUUAUAUAAUUCGAUUAUUUCUUUGCAAACGUUGAAUAAAGUUUUCCGUUCUAAGAAACCCGCGAUCGAAAAAACUUUAAUUAAACUGCGCGACUUUUCUAAAAAUGGGAUUUCACUGGCUGGCGUAUGUAAGGUUAAAGUUGUGCAUAACCUUUUCAAAUCUAAGUUAGAAUUGUUAAUUUCAAAUAAUCCCUGUACGAAUAUUUUGGGGUAUUCUUAGUUUGAACCUUUAGGAAUUU